AUGGCGAGCACAGCAACCACCAUCAAUGCAUCGAUCACGAAUGGAGAUCUUCCACCACCCACAAUCGCGACUAAAAAGAACAAAGCGAAGAAGGAAAAGCCGAGCAGUGAAGAAAAUGCGAAAUUGAUCCAAGCCAGACUGGCUCAGCUGGAACAGGAGAAGGCUGGAGAAAAGACGCAACAGGCUGAAGUUGAUAAAGAGGUCAAGAAAGAGGCAGGUCGCGUGGACGAGGAACUCAAUAAGAUCACCAGUGACCAGGAGAGAGCUGAUUUGAUCAAGAGGAGAUACGACGCGCUGUAUGCUGACAUGAAGAAGCUGGAACGAGAAUUGGCGAAGCAGAAGAAGAAGGCCGAUCAACUUCAGAAGGAUAAAGACAAGAUCACUUCUGAGCACAACAAGGUCAAUACACAGAAGGACAAGAUGGAGAAACUUUCGAGGACUUUCCAGCAGGAGAAUCGGAAGCUCAAGGAUGACAACAAGAAGCUGGAAGACACAGAAAGAGUCGCGAGGGAGACUGUAAACGUACGUCUGGACGAGUUACUCGACGAUGUGCAGGACGUCAUGAACGCGAGGGCUCCUUCGCACAGUGAGAACCUGAACAUGGAGCUCGACGAUGUAAUCAAGACUCGCUGCAAGGUGCUCUUCGACCAAGCGGAACUACGUGAAUUACAUUUCAAGUCUAUACUACGCCACAAAGAUGCAGAAAUAGCUCAUCUGCAAGCCAAGCAUGAGGUCGAACGCAAACGAGCUGAUGCUGAGGCGUCGAGAUGUCGCACUCUUACAGGCCAAGUGAGCACCUUCUCCCACACGGAAGCUGAACUACGCUCGCAGCUGAACAUCUAUGUCGAAAAGUUCAAACAGGUAGAAGAUACCCUCAACAAUUCGAACGAGCUCUUCCUCACCUUUAGGAAAGAGAUGGAAGAGAUGAGCAAGAAGACGAAGGUACUUGAACGAGAAAACCAACGACUGACCAAGAAACACGAUGCUCUCAAGAACAAUAUCCUGAAGAUGGCAGAAGAGAGAGAUAAGCAUUUGAAAGAAAUAGACAAGUACAAGAACGCCGACAAGAAGAUGCGCGACAUUAUUAAGUCUAUGCAAGAGCAGGGGAGAGGUGGCCCUGUUCAAGAAAUGGUGGACGACGGUACCGAGUCAGAGUACGACGAAUACGACGACGAGGAAGAGGAGGACGAAAGCUAUAUCGAAGGUGACCCAGAAGACGACACCCUUGGCACAGAUGUGCAGCCACCACUGGAAAAUCUGAAUGGGAAGUCCUUCGUGCCAAAUCCACCUGCGAAAAUGGUCGAAUAUCAACAGCCAAAUGGCAAGGUGGCCGCGACCGUGAACGGGUUAAAGCAUUAG